AUGAAGCUUCAGACGAUUGUGCUGCAUGAUCCCGAGCAGGAACGCGAGGUGACGUCUUCACUUUUGCUGCAAUCGCAUCGUCCUCCCACGGGCAAUGAAUGUGAGGCUUUUCAAAUCGCAGACGAUGCUCUCGCCGAAAAGUCAGCCCGACCUCGCGGUGGGCCAAACGACUAUCACCAAGAUGAAGGGAGUUACUUCACGAAGGACUACGUGCAACCGUUUCGAGUCGAGCAGGUGGAAUCAAAGGAAAAAAGCCCCUCUAGCUCAGGAAUGUGCAGGACAUCUGCAGGGAGUAUUUGGGGUGUUACUCAGGAUAAUAGUGGAGUAGUAUUGGAGAACGUGCUACGUUUGGGGACGGUAAACGUUGCUCAGAAGCCUCGGGAUGAAUCUAAAGUGACAGAGGUAGACGCAUUCGAAACCGAAAAAGAAGCGAAGUUCACCUCCAGCGCCUCGAAUCAUGUGGGUGCUGAUAGGACCGAAAGACACGAGCCACCCUCAGCGAAUGUGGCAGAGAAUCCGCGAGAAAAGUUCCGUGGCUAUUGGCAAUGUGCACUUAACAAGUUCGGGCUCACGAACGAGGGCAUGCUGCUAAAACAAGACGCGUGCAAACAGGGUUUCUCGAAUGCUGAUGCGCAAGAAGUGAUAAAUCUCGUGAUGCAGCACACGGUGGAUGCAUUACUCAAGAAAGAAAGUUCUUCAUCGCAUUCUCCUUCUGCUUCAUUGCAUAGGGUUGAACAGUCGGGUACGAGAGAAAAACAGGGCAACCUUCCUGGAGCAGGCGUUGUCGAUACGUGGACGCGAUGUUCUGUGUCCACAUGCCAGCCCAAGUCCUGCCUUUCGAUUUCGUCUGCUCUCCCACUUCUUCUCGUGAACAGUGAAGCUGAUACAGACUUACUCGGAAUCGCAAAAAGGAACGUAGAAGCUAGGGUUCGUGAUGGGUAUCGGCAGCUGGCAAAUAUUCAACUGGUCAAAUCUGAUGCAACAACCUUACAACCGCAUCGAACGAAGGGAACGGAACAAAAUGCCAUGUGCGUGUCAUGGAAGGACGAAAUCUGUGGACAUGACCGUGAAAAGACUCUGUUACGGCGGAUUCCGGGAUCCCACCUAGAAUCGGUCCCUCUCUUCGGUCAUGUUUUGGAACUCGGCGCUGGCAUUGGCCGUCUAACGCGGCUGCUGCAGGAAUUCGCGACACAGGUGGUGGCAGUCGAUUUUGUUGACGAGUACGUCAGAGCCAACCGCGACGCUAACGGCAGAUCUCAUUGCCGAAGUGGAGGUUUUGUCUUCUUGCGCGAGAGCUGCGGGGAGCCAUCGGAUAAAGGAAAGCAGAGUCGCAAUUGGGCACUAGGGGGAAAUCCGACGGUCUACAGACGCGCAGAAACCUAUACGCAGUGGAUCCACGAUGUCGCGGAGGAAACAGGAACUGUGGUGCAACUGUUGCUCUCCGCCCAUCCGGUUAGGCUUUAUCAGCAGGCCAACCAUACUGACAGUCAGUGCUGCUGGUUCCUGCGUAUAAAAAGUUGA